AUGAAGGCGGUGCACGCAGGCCAAGUAACCAUGUCGCAGGAUGGUCACCCGAAAGGCGUCGGGGCAUUCAACACCAUGAAGAAGAACAUUGAUAUUCCAGAUGGAGUCAAGAUGGUUGUCAACUACAUCACCUUGCCGUUCCAGGCCGACCAAUAUGCGACUGGACCCCGAAGCUACUUCUUCUCGGACGAUAACCCCGCGGGAGUUGCCGCAAUCCAGCAAACCGCCGAGUUCCGCGUCAUCAAAAUCACUGCGGAAGGAGGCGUGUGUAGUUGA